AUAACCGCGUACCCAAUUUCAAUAUAUACUCUUGAGUUUCCUAAAUUAAACAUAUUCAGUAUUUAUAUAACAUGGCAGCAUUUACUGUGCUAAUUUGGUUUAUGAUCAUCAGCGGCAGAGCGUUUCCAGCCAGCGGGGGAUGGGCAAAGCCAGGUUGCCAAGAGAAAUGCGGAAACUUGACAAUUCCAUACCCAUUUGGGAUCGGAAAAGCUGGGAAUGGGUGCUAUUUGGAUGAAGCAUUCCGAGUGGAGUGCGACAAUUCAACCCAGGUUGAGGUUGCCAAGCUGCCAUAUAUAAUUGGAACCACCAUUCUCAAUAUCUCAUCAGAGACUAUCACUGUAAAGGGCAUUGCAAUCCCCAUGCCCCAUAGCAACACCUCCGGAAAAAACCUGGUAGGAGAUAUCUCCUCCGGGUUUUUAGAGCCAUAUUUCAGCUUCUCAUACACCAUGAACAAGUUCGUGGCAAUAGGGUGCGAUAUAUUCGCGUACCUGUGGGAUUCUAACAAUGGAGACAUCAUAAUCGGGUGUGCAUCGCUUUGUGAAAGUAGUAGCAGGAGCAGUGUGCCGGAUUUCUCAUCCUUGUCAUCAUGUUCCGGCAAUGGCUGCUGCCAAACACCCAUCCAGAAAAGGCUUGGCAACUUCUCCGGUGCAGUGGUCACCAUGAACACGAAAGGCAGCGCUUGGGCUAGCAACCAGUGUAGCCAUAUUGUGAUAGUUGAGAAGAGCUUUGACAAGUUUGAUGAGUAUAACUUCUCUAGCUGCACUGGACAGUAUGGUACACCAAUGGUGCUUGACUGGUCAAUUGGAAAUCUCAGUUGUGGCAAUGCAAAACACAGCAUAUGUGGCCAGAAUACUCACUGUGAAAACUCAACUCGCGGCGUAGGAUAUCUGUGCCGCUGCUCUCCGGGUUAUCAAGGAAACCCAUACUUACCUCAUGGAUGCCAAGAUAUUGACGAGUGUGAAACCCAGAAGGAGAACAUGUGCCCAAACAACGCAGAUUGUGUUAAUAUUCCAGGCAGCUACUAUUGCAGCUGUCGACAAGGCUACCGCAGUGAUUUAAGUAGAUCCAGUCCACAUGGAUACACUUGUAUACCUGACCAUGAAAGGCGUAUGUUGGUCAAGCUAAUUUGUUUAGGUGUUGGAAUGGGCAUAAGUGUUAUAUUACUUGUAGUCAGUGGAUUCUGGCUUAAUCGUAAGUUAAAAAGGAGGAAACUUGAGAAAGCCAAAGAACGGUUCUUCAAGAGGAAUGGAGGCUUCUUAUUGCAAAAACAAAUGUCGUCUUGUAACAGAGGGAGUGUAUUAGAAAUGAAAAUUUUUAAGACAGAAGAACUAGAGAAAGCAACAGACAAUUUCAACCAAAGUCGAAUUCUUGGAAAAGGUGGACUGGGUACAGUAUACAAAGGCAUGUUAUCGGAUGGGUGCAUAGUAGCAGUGAAGAAAUCUAACAAGGUAGAUGAAGGUCAGGUUGGUCAGUUCAUCAAUGAGAUCUUUAUCGUCUCCCAAAUAAAUCACAGGCACAUUGUGAAAGUCUUAGGUUGUUGUUUGGAAACUGAAGUUCCACUAGUUGUAUAUGAAUACAUAUCCAAUGGAACCCUUUCACAACAUCUUAACAAUGUUCCUAGUGCUUCUUCACCACUGUCCUGGACACUUCGUUUGCAGAUUGCUGCAGAAGUAGCAGGGGCGUUAGCCUAUUUACAUUCAUAUGCUUCUACUGCCAUCUUUCAUAGAGACGUCAAGUCAAACAACAUACUUCUAGAUGAAAACUAUAGGGCAGUGAUCUCAGAUUUCGGACUCUCGAGGGCAGUAUCUAUUGAUAAAACACAUUUAACAACGUUAGUUGGGGGCACAGUUGGCUACUUAGAUCCUGAAUACUUCCGCUCAGGACAGCUAAAUGAUAAGAGCGAUGUCUAUGCAUUUGGGAUUGUCCUUGCGGAAAUACUGACAGGACAAAAGGUCAUCUCUCCCAAUAAAUCUGAUGAAGGAUUGGCGAUUCGCUUUAAGACAUCUUUGAAGCAAAAAGAUACACUGUUUGAAAUUCUAGACCAUCCAGUUGCAAAUGAAGGUGGAGAAGAAAUCUUUGCUGUUGCAAGGCUUGCCAAGAGAUGCAUAAAGCUAAAUGCUAGAAAAAGGCCAUGCAUGAAAGAAGUAGCAGCUGAACUUGAACAAUUGGCAAGGACUAAUGGAGAAGAUUUGGAAAAUGAUUGUGAAGACAACUACUUCUCAUCAGGUGACACAAGUGAUUGCUAAAUGCCCUAACCAUGAGUAUAUAAAACAAAUACUUGUCUAUAUAACCUUUUUCAUUUCUUAGUUCUCUUUCUUGUAUGAGAUAAAGAUUAAAUCCUUGUUUGUGACCUUUUUCCUUUCUUCAUUUGCUUUCUUUAUUUGUUAUAACAAAACUAUCCUAACUAUGAUUACAAAUGAGUAAAAUGGCAUUAGUCAUUGAAUGUUUAGUAUACUUUUGCUCUUUAAUGGACACGUUAUUGCUAGAAUA